AUGUCAGGUCUGAAAGGUGGCUUCGCAGGCCACGUGGCACUGCUUGCAGAGUUGUUCGAUGCCCUUGUCAGCACGCUGGAGAUCUUUUCAGCCGAGAGUCAAAACCUGGGUCUAGAAGUCAGCUGGCUGAAGACUAAGGUGCAGUCCCUCAGUGACUUUCUUGAUCAACCUACCUGUCCACCGAUCAAUGGAGAGUCAGUAGAGGUGGUUUCAUGCUUCACCUAUCUCGGCAGCGUUAUAACGCAGGACUGCAAGUCUGACCAAGAUGUCAAGCGCAGACUCGGAAUCGCCUCUGCAGCCUUUGCCAGCCUUGGCCGUGUAUGGCGCUGCAAACAUCUCUCCAGAACGGCCAAGCUGAAGGUGUACAACACUCUGGUUCUUUCAGUGCUCCUGUAUGGAGCCGAGUCAUGGACUCUCACCAAGUCACUGAAACAGAAACUGGACUCCUUCGAUUCACAGUGCCUUAGAAACAUCGAGGGCAUCCGCUGGCAGGACCAUGUCACCAACGAAGUAGUACGCCACACAACAAACCAGAUCCCGGUCAGCCAGAAGAUCACCAAGUACCAGCUUAACCUUCUGGGACACAUCUCCAGAGCAACACCGACCCAGGAAGUGAUCAAAUUGAUCACCUCAGUUCCAGAUCCAACUUGGAGGCGCCCCAGAGGCCGUCCUAGGAGCAGAUGGGAGGACCAAGUCUUCAAUGUGCUGGACACCACAGGGGUCAGCAGAUCUGACUGGAGAACUCUGGCUGAAAACAGAACAUCUUGGAGGGACAUGUCUACAGCCGCUAUGCAUCUCCCCUGA